CUUAAUGCCCACCCCCAAGCCCAUCUCUAGGAUGUAAGUAAUGGUGAAAAGAUGAAGAUAAAAGCAGUGCGGUGUGAAUGACUGGAAAUCCAGCAGUCUGGUUUAGCUGCAGUGUUGUGUAGGAGUCGUCUUCAGACUUCUUACCUUUGGUUUUUCAGCACAAACUGCUUGCAGGUUUUUGAAGGCUGUGAAAGGACCUACCGUCUGUGUGUUAGUGUUUUCUGUGUAUCAUCGUAUCACCUUGCUUUUUCCCUGGACAGCUGUGUUCAGAGCUUCAUGUGGAAAUCUUUCUAUUGAAGAGAGAUAAAAAGGAUCCUUAAUCUGAUUCUCUUUGGAUCUUUCUAUUUUUAUGGUAUAAGUUUAUCUAUUCAUGGGGCUGAAAAGCGUGUGCAAAUCUGUCAGAGGAGAACUACAGGAAGCUACUCAGUGUCACAGCAUCCACCUGUGGAUGGGCAUCCUUCACUCCCACAAGUUAGAGGGUCAAUAAAAAUGGAAGCCUCAUCCUCUGGAUCUAUGGUUUCAGCAGUCCCAGGUGGAAAAGCAAAAACCCAUCAGCCAGAAGGAAGAGAGGAUUUGCAGGUUAACCGGCUGGAAACGCAAAUAUGGAUAAAACCAGACAUGCAGAAGACAGAUGUGGACUUUUCAGAAAUUCUUAAUGCAAUACAAGAAAUAGCUAAGGAUGUCAAUAUUUUCUUUGAUGAGUUAGAAGGUGUGAACAGCCCUUCCAAAGAUGAUGACUCCCUGCUUCACCAUGGGAACUUGACCAGUACUUCUGAUGAUGCCAGCAGGUUGGAAGUUGUGGGAGAGGAAGUACCUGAUAAGAACAAAACCAGUGGACUAUAUUUUAGAGAUGGGAAAUGUCGGAUUGACUACAUCCUUGUGUAUAGAAAAUCUAAUCCACAGACAGAGAAGAGGGAAGUAUUUGAGAGAAAUAUCAGAGCAGAAGGGCUUCAAAUGGAAAAAGAAUCAUCUCUAACAAACAGUGACAUCAUCUUCGUGAAACUGCAUGCCCCUUGGGAGGUCCUGGGCAAAUAUGCUGAACUAAUGAAUGUAAGAAUGCCUUUCAGGCCCUUUAACCCCUUCAAUGCUGGAGCCCCCUGCAUACUUGUGCGCUGCUGUUUUUUAAAUGGACAUUUCAUUGAAAUCAAUGGGAGGUCAAGAAGAUCCAGGAGAAAAAUCUAUUACCUGCACCGCCGAUACAAGUUCAUGAAUAGGAUCGAGAAACAAAUAAGCAGGUUCCGAGGAUGGUUGCCCAAAAAGCCAAUGAAACUGGACAAGGAAACACUGCCAGAUCUGGAGGAGAAUGACUGCUAUACUGCUCCAUUCAGCCAACAAAGAAUCCAUCACUUCAUAAUACACAACAAAGAUACUUUCUUCAAUAAUGCUACAAGAAGUAGAAUUGUACACCAUAUCUUACAAAGGGUGAAAUAUGAAGAAGGGAAAAACAAAAUUGGUCUGAAUCGAUUGCUCAGUAAUGGCUCCUAUGAAGCUGCAUUUCCUCUUCAUGAGGGAAGUUACAGAAGUAAGAAUUCGAUAAAAACCCAUGGGGCAGAAAACCACAGACACUUGCUCUAUGAGUGCUGGGCUUCCUGGGGAGUGUGGUAUAAAUACCAGCCUCUGGAUCUUGUAAGGCGGUACUUUGGUGAGAAAAUUGGACUGUACUUUGCCUGGUUAGGCUGGUACACGGGAAUGCUCUUCCCAGCUGCCUUCAUUGGAUUGUUUGUCUUUUUGUACGGAGUCACCACUUUGAACCACUGCCAAGUCAGUAAAGAAGUCUGUCAAGCUACAGAUAUCAUAAUGUGUCCUAUAUGUGAUAAAUACUGCCCCUUUAUGAGGUUGUCAGACAGCUGCAUUUAUGCCAAGGUUACCCACCUUUUUGACAAUGGAGCUACUGUCUUUUUUGCUGUUUUCAUGGCUGUGUGGGCAACUGUUUUUCUGGAGUUUUGGAAAAGAAGGCGAGCCGUAAUUGCUUAUGACUGGGACUUGAUAGACUGGGAAGAAGAAGAGGAGGAGAUACGUCCGCAGUUUGAAGCCAAAUACUCCAAGAAAGAACGAAUGAACCCCAUAUCUGGGAAGCCAGAGCCUUAUCAAGCAUUUGCAGAUAAAUGCAGCAGACUCAUCGUUUCUGCAUCGGGAAUAUUUUUUAUGAUCUGUGUGGUGAUUGCUGCUGUUUUUGGCAUUGUUAUUUACCGUGUUGUGACUGUCAGCACUUUUGCUGCCUUUAAGUGGGCUUUAAUCAGGAAUAACUCUCAGGUUGCAACUACAGGGACUGCAGUGUGCAUCAACUUUUGCAUCAUCAUGCUACUGAAUGUGCUGUAUGAAAAGGUUGCUCUUUUCCUGACAAAUUUAGAGCAGCCUCGUACUGAAUCCGAGUGGGAGAACAGCUUCACUCUGAAAAUGUUUCUUUUUCAGUUUGUCAAUCUGAACAGCUCUACGUUUUAUAUAGCAUUCUUCCUUGGAAGAUUUACAGGACACCCUGGUGCCUACUUAAGGCUGAUAAACCGGUGGAGACUGGAAGAGUGCCACCCUAGUGGAUGCCUUAUUGAUCUCUGUAUGCAAAUGGGUAUUAUAAUGGUGUUAAAGCAGACAUGGAAUAAUUUCAUGGAACUUGGCUAUCCGCUAAUUCAAAACUGGUGGACCAGGAGAAAACUACGACAAGAGUAUGGCACACAGAGAAAAACAAGCUUCCCACAGUGGGAGAAGGAUUAUAAUCUGCAACCUAUGAAUGCUUAUGGACUCUUUGAUGAAUACCUAGAAAUGAUUCUUCAGUUUGGGUUCACAACCAUUUUUGUGGCAGCUUUUCCACUGGCACCACUUCUGGCCUUACUUAACAAUAUUAUUGAAAUUCGGCUUGAUGCUUACAAAUUUGUUACCCAGUGGAGAAGACCUUUAGCUUCAAGAGCCAAAGAUAUAGGAAUCUGGUAUGGGAUCCUAGAAGGCAUUGGAAUUCUUUCUGUUAUCACAAAUGCAUUUGUUAUAGCAGUGACAUCGGAUUUCAUCCCUCGGCUUGUUUAUGCUUACAAAUAUGGACCUUGUGCUGGCCAAGGAGAAGCUGGACAAAAGUGUAUGGUUGGCUAUGUUAAUGCCAGUUUAUCGGUAUUUUUGGUGUCUGACUUUGAAAACCGUUCAGAGCCGACAUCAAAUGGAAGUGAAUUCUCUGGUUCACCGUUAAAAUAUUGCAGGUACAGAGACUACCGAGACCCUCCUCAUUCCCCAGUGCCCUAUGGUUACACACUGCAGUUCUGGCAUGUCUUAGCAGCACGGUUGGCUUUCAUUAUUGUAUUUGAGCACCUCGUCUUUUGCAUAAAGCACCUGAUCUCCUACUUAAUCCCAGAUCUUCCAAAAGAUCUGAGAGAUCGGAUGAGGAGAGAAAAGUACCUGAUUCAGGAAAUGAUGUAUGAAGCUGAACUAGAACGUCUGCAGAAAGAGCGGAAGGAAAGGAAAAAGAAUGGAAAAUCUUAUCACAAUGAGUGGCCAUGAGGGGUGAGGAAGAAGGUGCUUAAAAGAAGAUAAGAAUUCUGUUGAUAAAGAAUUCCUGGUUUUCUACUGUGGAGAGUGCACUGAAAGUCAGUAAUGUUGUGUGCACUUAGCACAUGUGGGCCCCUGUUUAAUAGGGUGGAUAUUGUCAUAAGCAUUUUGAAAUUUGAGGUCUUUGCAAGGCUUAGUCUUCUCGAGAGCUGAUGUGAACAUAAACACAUCAGCCCAGUGCUUAGUCUCUGCACUCUUUCCAGGAAGCUCCCAGGCCCUGACUUAAAUUCAAGGCCCUGAACUUCAAAGCAGUUAUAUAUCUUACAGUGCUUUACAGAACUUGGUGAUCUUACAGCUCAUUCUCACGAAGUUGCUACUUCAUAAUCAGUGAUGCGCCUUGGCAACAUGGCAGUACUUGUCCGUGUGUGUGGCCACCACCUGCAGCACGUGCAUGGCAGCGUUGCUCUCUUCCACAGUGGACUGAACUGUGCUAGUUUGCAUUUGCCACCAGUUAUGGUCACAUACGUGGACCAUUUCCAUUGCUCAACAAUACUGAAGUACUAUUUAGGAGGAGAUGCAUGAUCAUGAGUCUGAUCAACUGGUCUAACAAUGCUGAAAAAUGUAGGCAUGCAGAAGUGCUGACAGAUAGCCAAGAUUCUAAAUGUGGCCAGAGGUAUUUAACCACAGGGUCAUUUGUUUGGAAAUCAUACUGUGCAAAGUUGGCAAUAUAUUUUAAAUAUUUGAACAGUGCCUUUUCAGCUAUAGGACUGUCUGGUGUCUGAAGGAAUCAAAUCAGGUUAGGGCAUCUUGCCUAGAACUGCCCAUGUAUUUGUAUCGCAAUAUCACAUUGAGCUCUAGUCAGGAAUUAGGGUGUAUUUAUCCAGAAGUCAGACUGUGUCUUAAAGACAUAAGUAAAACAAACAAACAAAAAGAGACAGAUGAACAAAGCUGAAUGAAAAAACACAGUCAUCCUGAAUAUCUACACUUUUAACACUUUCUUCAUUCAUUCUUCCAUUAUCUAUGAAAGGGGUGGAGGGGAAAAAAUAAAACAAAUAAAACAAAUCCUUAAUGCACAGCAAUUCUACACAGGCUGCAAAUUAAACUUGUGCAAAAUAGGCUACUGUCCAUAUCCUUUAGGAAAUUCCAUAGCAUUAAGAAAUUUAAGAUUUCCCAGACCACUAACCCAAAAUAAUGGAGUUGUAGCUCUGAAGACUCCAUUAAGUGUUGGAUGGAGCAAUAUGAAUCAAAAACUCUUCCACCAGUUGUUUCUACAACUUAUUCUGGAAAUAAUUUGAUAGAAGGACUAGAAUUUGCCCUUCUGGACAGAUCACACAAUGCAAGACCCUAUGGAUGGAUAUCUCAAACUUCACAUGACAACAGGACCACUUGCACCAAGAAAGAUAUUACCAAAUUAGAUUUACUGUCUUCUUUCCACUGUAAGGGAGAUCUGUGCUAUUUCCAUGAAGAGGGAAAGUUUUAAUGAAAGGUAAUAUGACUUCAGUAAGGAGAGGGUUGGAAGAAAAUAUGUGUCCCCUCCUCUCUGUAGCCACUGCCUGCCUACACUUUUCUUCCUUGCAGCAAGGAACCUCCUCCAGUAGUGAAUCACUUUCCUACCUGAAGCGGAUAAAUGGCAUAGCAGCUCCCUUUUAUCAGCUGCUCCUGGGUCAAGACUGAAAGUCCCAUGAGCACUGAAAGAAUUUCAGGAUUGGUGUGUUCUGUGCUGACUCAGUGCCAAACUGAUUGGGGAGCACAGCUAGCAGUUGUAGGGUGUAUUCCUGACUAAUGGGGAAGUGAACUUGUUCAUCAUUGCUUCAGCUUACAGCAGCUGCCGACACAUCCCACGUGGACAGUGGGGAAAUAGGAUUAUUUCUGUCUCUGUAGAUAGGGUGUGAGGAUUAGGCAGUGUUGAUCACCAAUACACACAUGCCAGAGUUGUUAGUAUUUGCCAUCCACCACCUACAGUUUUGUACUGCACUUGCAGUCUGGGGACUUUUGGGCAGGAUCGCUGUGCAAAAUCAUAUUCAGAUCAAAUUCAUGUGAACAACUGGGUUAGUAUACCCUCUGUUUAAUACCUAAACCAACAGAUGAUGAGAGCUUAGAAACUGUUUGCUAAAUAGUAAAGUAAGAUGAUUCAUGUAUAAAAUCAGGGUCACCCAUAUGAGUGUGAACCUUUGCAAUUUCCUGCAGUAAGAUAUAGCUUUGUCAACUUAGAUCUCAAUAACUUCCAAGAUCUCAACUAAAACUCAAUAGGAUAUAAACUGACUUCCAGAGGAACCACUUCAAUAAAAUGUGCUGAAACAAAUAAAGCACAGCAUAAACACAAUGGAUAUUAAUUGCUUCUGAGAGUAGUUUUCAACAAAGCUACAUUAUGAUGAAUUUUCCUGACAAUACAUUGCUAGAAGUUGUGUCCCACUCUGCUCUAAAUGAGACCACAGGUUGGCUGCUUGCCAAGAUUGCACUAGUAUGAUGCUGCAAGGAGCUCUGACCUGCCUGACAGACCCUGAGUACACUUCUGUCACUUCAGGUUGACCAGUCAACCCAUCGAGGUUUCUUUGCUGCUGGUGUGCUGAAUAGAUUUCCCUGGAGUCCUUCAGAGCUAUAUAGAAGAACACUCAGAAAACAUGCCCUCUUUUAUUUAGUGGUAAAAUAAAAAUAAUAGGACAAUAAUAAAUGGAAUUUUAAUGGUCUCUAGAUAGUUAAUUUAUGCCAUUCCCUUCCUGAUCUGAUAAUGGUUUUGCUUAAACCUCCAGGUGACCAUUCUGUAUGUUGUUUACUUAUUCCAGCUCCACAAGAGCACCACCUUCAAGGGAAUGAGAAAAAUUGCAAUCUCAUGCAUGCCACAGACACAUUACAUAGCAAGCAGGACAGCACACACUGGAGGAUUUACUGUGAAAUUAUCUUGCAAUCAGCAUAGGAUUGAUCUCCAUAGACCACUCUUGACAAUAGCAUGUACUUCAUGAGCAGUUACACACCAGUUUUUAAAACCAAGAAAAAAAUUGUAUAUUGGGACUAUUUUUCAGCCUGUUUGCUACAUUUUUUGCAUUCUGUCCCAUGCUGGUUUUACAGAUCUUAGAAUAAAAAGUGUAAAUGAAAACCUGGAUACUUUGACAAAAGAAAAAUCUAGGUACAGAACAUCAUCUGCAUUCAAGCCACCAAACACUAUGACAGAAACCGUGUUUACAAAUCAGUCCUUUUUUAUUUUAAAUCUUUCUGAAGGGAGUUACAUUAUUUACCAUAUAUAUAAUAUAUAUAUAUAUAAAGUAUAUAGAGAGAUUGUUUAUUUGUAAAUAGAAAAAUUCUAUGGAGAAGAAUGUCAAGUUUUCACACUUUAAAAAAGAUCAUCAACAUAAAGCCAUGUUUAAUGCUUGUAUAAUGUGAUAUAAUAAACUUUAAAAUAAAUUAUGCAUA